AUGUGGCUUGACCGCAUCGCCGGUCACUCGACACCUGAUCGCGGCCUCUCUCCGAUUCCCCAGAGAUCAUCUUCCCACCUCUCGCCGAACCGUUCAAACGGUCGCCCUGGACUUAGCCGACCGGGCUCAUCGCUUUCCGCUUUAGUUUCUCCUAAUGCCUCAACUACCUCCCUGCCAACGGUAGCCCGUGUACCCGAGGAAUCGACAUUAAAACAGCAUGCCACUGGUAGACGCCCGUCGAAUGUCGCCGACCCGCUGGAGGUACUGAAUGGAAUAAUAAAGAAGCACAAUGUGGGAUCUAGGCCCGAAAACGCUGCUCAAGACUCUGGGCCGGUGAAACCAACUCGGCUACUGGAAGACAUUGACUUCGGAGGCUUGAGCUUGGAGGGCUUUCUACAAAAACCGGAGUUGAACAGAACGGCAAAAAGCGACAUUAAUGCCCAGACGAUUCAGCAGUUCGAAAAGGAGCGAGACAAAUUCCAGGAUCUGCACAACGCUAUUUCCGGCUGUGAUGAUGUAUCUAAAUCAGUGGAAAUGUACUUGAGCGACUUCCAGAAUGAACUAGGGGCGGUGUCGGCGGAAAUCGAGACUCUACAAACCCGGUCUGUGCAGUUGAACGCCAUGCUAGAGAACCGAAGAAACGUCGAACAAUUACUUGGGCCUGCCGUGGAAGAGAUUAGUGUCUCUCCAUCUGCUGUCCGAAUGAUUGCCGAGGGCCCCAUUGAUGAGAACUGGGUCAAAGCAUUGAACGAAUUCGAGACGCGCACCGCAAGUAUAGAAGCCAAGAUCGCCAGCUCUAGUUCUACCAAGGCAAUUGAUGACGUUCGCCCUCUUCUGGAGGAUGUAAAGAAGAAGGCUGUAGAAAGAAUUCGAGACUAUUUGGUCUCUCAAGUGCGAGCCUUACGAUCGCCGAACAUCAAUGCUCAGAUCAUCCAGCAGCAGCGCUUGGUCAAGUAUAAGGACCUGUACAGUUACAUGUCACGAGCCCAUUCUAAGCUGGCAGGAGAGAUUGCCCAGGCCUACAUCAACACCAUGCGUUGGUAUUAUCUGUCCCAUUUUACGCGCUAUCAUCAAGCGUUAGCAAAAAUCAAGGUCUAUCCAAGUGACCGGAAUGAAGUUCUAGGAGGGGAUCCCCACGCUCAAAAAUCCGGUAAUCUUCCUGGUGGUCGGGCUGGCGCUGCUGCGCACGAUCCUUUCUCGCUCGGUAGGAGAAUUGACAUCUUGCGGACGGGCAACCAGAUGGCCAUCUCGUCUUAUCUUGCGGAAGAAGAUACUUCAUUCCAUGGUAUCGAGAUUCCGUUCCGCAACUUCAACCUCGCGCUUCUAGAUAAUGUUUCGGCUGAAUACUCCUUCAUGACCGAAAUGUUCUCGACUCUGUCUUUCCAGCAGAUCUCUCGCAAGGCGCUGGAGGUAUUCACUCCCGUCUUUGCCCUAGGCCAAGGGUUGACUAAGCAACUGAUUGAGAAUACUACCGACUCACUGGGUGUACUGAUGUGUGUGCGACUGAAUCAGCAAGCUGCCUUUGAGCUUCAACGGCGCAAGGUACCUGUUGCAGACUCGUACAUCAACGGGAUUAAUAUGCACCUAUGGCCACGGUUUCAAGUAAUCAUGGACGCUCAUUGCGAGUCUCUGAAACGGAUAGGAGCCAACACCGGCCGCAGUGCUGUGUCUGCCCUUUCUCUUGCAGGCGGCGACGACCUGAACCAGUCAUCCGCACCGCAUUUCCUAACGCAACGCUUUGGACAAUUGCUACACGGCAUUCUCGUGUUGAGCAGUGAAGCAGGCGACGACGAGCCUGUAGCCAACAGUCUUUCUCGUUUGACCUCCGAAUUCGACGGCCUCUUGACCAAACUCAGCCGGAUCGGCGGUGAUGCGAAACGAAGAGAGCGGUUCCUCUACAACAACUAUUCUUUGGUCCUGACCAUAAUCAGCGACACGCAAGGUAAACUAGCAACGGAACAGAAGCAGCAUUUCGAGGAGAUGCUCAAGGGCGUCAGCCGACGCAGCUAG